CACGUGCCGUGUGCAAAGCCCGGGCUAUGACUAGGACGUUCCCGACGCGAGCACAGUCAUUCGAAUCCAGUAUUAGUGCGGUGUAGAGUGCUCGGUGUUUUGUAAUCCACUUACUCGAAUUGUUCUCUCUCUCUCCCUGUCUCUGUCUCUUUUUCUCUCAGUCUUUUUUCCCUUUUUCGCGCAACUACGAUCGAUUAGUGUGUAAAAAUGCCUUUCAAGCCGGUGGAACAUCCAAAAUGCCCGAAAUGUGGCAAGUCCGUUUAUGCUGCGGAAGAGAGGGUUGCCGGUGGAUUGAAAUGGCACAAAAUGUGCUUCAAGUGCGGUCUUUGCGGUAAACUGCUCGACUCGACAAACUGCUCCGAGCACGAGGGCGAGCUGUACUGCAAAGUCUGCCACGGCCGCAAGUUUGGCCCUAAGGGCUACGGCUUCGGCGGCGGAGCUGGCUGCCUCUCCAUGGACCAGGGCGAGCAUCUUCAAGCGAAGGACGAAGAAUUCUCACGGGGAUCGAACGCCAUCUUAGAGCCACGGGCUAUCGCGAAGGCGCCUGAGGGAGAGGGAUGUCCUCGUUGCGGAGGAUACGUUUAUGCCGCGGAGCAGAUGUUAGCUCGUGGAAGGGCUUACCAUAAAGUGUGCUUCAAGUGCAAACUGUGUCGCCGGACUCUGGACUCUACGCUUCAUUGCGACGGUCCCGAUCGCGAGAUAUACUGUCGAGCUUGCUAUCCGAAGAAAUUCGGUCCGCGGGGUAUCGGCCACGCUGGGGUUAUGUGGAUCGGGCUGCAGUGCGAUAUUGAGGAUGAGGGCGAUGCAGCUCCACGCACCACCGUGAUCGACACUGCCAUAAUCAAGGCUCCGCCAGGCAAGGGUUGCCCGCGCUGCGGCGGCGUUGUCUUCGCCGCCGAGCAGGUGCUCGCCAAGGGCCGCGAGUGGCACCGGAAGUGCUACAAGUGCCGUGACUGCACCAAGACCCUGGACUCCAUCAUCGCCUGCGACGGUCCGGACCGGGAUGUCUACUGCAAGACCUGCUACGGGAAGAAGUGGGGACCGCACGGAUACGGAUUCGCAUGUGGCUCGGGAUUCCUCCAGACCGAUGGACUCACGGAGGAAGAGAUUUCAGCCAGCCGACCUUUCUACAAUCCCGACACGACCUCGAUUAAAGCGCCAGCCGGACAGGGCUGCCCCCGUUGCGGCGGCAUGGUGUUCGCCGCGGAGCAACAGCUCGCCAAGGGCACCAUGUGGCACAAGAAGUGCUUCAACUGCGCCGAAUGCCAUCGACCUUUGGACUCGAUGCUGGCGUGCGACGGUCCCGAUAAGGAGAUCCACUGCCGCGCCUGCUACGGGAAGCUCUUCGGGCCCAAAGGCUUCGGAUUCGGCCACAGGCCGACUCUCGUCUCGACGAACGGGGAUCACGCUCCUUCCUACAUCGACGCCAAGCCACAGGUUGGUCAGAAGCGAAACGACGGGCACGGUUGCUCGCGCUGCGGCUACCCGGUGUACGCCGCCGAGCAGAUGAUCUCGAAGAACCGCGUGUGGCAUAAACGGUGCUUCAGCUGCGGCGAGUGCCACCGUUCCUUGGACUCGACGAAUCUGAACGACGGCCCGGACGGAGACAUCUACUGCCGUGGCUGCUACAGCCGAAACUUCGGGCCCAAGGGCGUGGGCUUCGGUAUGGGCGCAGGCACCCUCACGAUGGCCUAAUCUCAAGGGCCAACCCCAUCGCUCCAAAAGAACCCUCGCGAUUCAGUCUUAUAUAUCAAUGUAAAUAUAUAAAUAUACAUAUAUAUUUAUGCAGGAUGUCCCGAAACUGUGGUACGAUACCUUCAUGGCGUAUUCUGGAGUUUCAUUGAAGUAAAAAAUUCUGAUACGCGACUGAUAGUCGAAGAGGAUCUUCGCUUGUCGCGUCUUCUCUCGGUUUUUUCACGUCGCACGUUUCCCCCGACGAAGUUUCUAAUUAGGAUUCUGUCUGAGCGCACUCUAUGUGAAAUUGGCUUGAGCAAUCAGCUGAAAGAAUGAGUUGUAAGGUGCAAUUUUGUCACUCACUCGGUCCUCCUCCUCAAGUUCUUUCUCCGGCUUGUACACGUUAGGAUUUCCGACUUUGAUCUGACUUUCAGAAUACGCUAUUGAAGUAUCGCGUGACAGUUGUGGGCUACCCUGUGUAGAGGCGUCUGACUGUAUAUCUGACGACAGACGAACGCGCUGCUCCGGGAAUUUCGAUUUCUCCUUUCUUAGCAUACGACGAUUCGAUGAUGUCGAUGACUUCGCCCCCGUUCUAAUGCGAACUGCGCGCGGCGGGCAGGGAUGACGCGACCGGGAGUCCGGUUGAUCCCACGGAAAUUUGAUCGCGCAGUCGAUCGCGCAGGUCGCCGUCGAUGACACGUCGCGACGCGAGAUCGUGCGACUCGUAUCGAUCGCAUUGCGGAUAAAUUGGUCAUUUGGCCGAUUAACGAUUUAUUUAGCUGUAAUGUAAAAAAAACACCACCCGCUUGGAAGGGUUGUCGCUUCAAUAACGAUACGAGGGCUUUGAGCCCUCUCCGCGUAAAACGAUGAAAGUUUCGACGCUGAACGAACAGCAGGGUGCGCGCGAGGGCUCGAAGAGGGAAACGCAUGUCUGAUCAGUCGAUCGCGGCGAAUCAUCAUCGAGAAUUAUCGCUGACGUGUCGAUUUAUUCCUGCGCUCAACUGGACCCACUCUCGUCCGGUCGUCGUUAGAUGACUCGCGCUAGGUUACCGCGAAAAUUCCACGGAGAACCGUAGCUCGCAAGCGGGCCGAAUCUACCGAGUGUGCUAAGGAUUUCGCUUACAGUCUGUUUGGCGAUCUUCAGGUUCUUCCAGCGAAUUUCGCAGCAGUCUAGACGACCCUCGAUUACCUACGCGCGAACGACUAAUCUGAUGACAAGCAAUUACGAACGUACGAAACUUUUGUUACUUUUCUCCUUCUUCUUCUUCUUCCUUUCGUUUUGUUUUGUUCUUCCUUUUCUUUCGAUCUCGACGAAUUGGAAAUUACGACCGCGGAAUAAUCGUCCCGCGAGAUACCGGAUUUGAAAGAGACGCUGCGAGGAGAAGGCCAAAGAACUAGAUAAGUCUUUCAAUUCAAUCUCCGCCAGCCAGACUUUGGAACAUUUCUCCAUCUUCUAGAUUAAUACGGCCACGUAAAGUAGAAUGCGUCGCAAUUAAUGAUGCUGGCUCGUUAACGUAAAGUUUUCACCAAGCGCGAAUUUUUACAUCUGGUUUUAACUUCGAGACACGGAAGUCUGGGGUUGGCAGCGCGAUGAUUUGAUUAUCUCGCGUCGUCGAUUACACCGCACACUCUCGCGGACGAUACAUAAGCGGAUAAAUACGAGUAAAAAUCUACACAACACCGGGCUACGAUCAGCAGCAACGAUCUAACCGACGACGAAGACGAGAAACUAAUUUAAUUAUGAUUUUCAAUAAAUGUAUGAUUGAA